GAAAUCUGAGGGUUCCCUGGGUGCUGGUGCUGGGUGGGUGCCAGGGCGCUCCCCGAGAGGGAAAUCUUUGGGGUGCCCAGGGCGUCUGUGCUGGGCGGAUCCCGAGGGCCCUGGGCUCACUCCCGUCUCUCUCCCCACAGAGAUGACCACCUAGGCGGCGGCUGAGGGAUGGAGCGCUUCAUCGACUCAGGGACGCAGACGGAGGCCGUGGUGGUGUUGUCCUUGGCGCAGGCCGCGGUGUUGGGGCUCGUCUCCGAGAAUGAGCUCUUUGGUGCUACCAUAAGCCCCGAGGCCUUCUACCCAGUGCUGGGCCAUGAGCUCUCCGACACGGCGGCCGUGGAGCCCGAGCCCCCGGACAACGACUACCAGCUGGAGUGUGCGGGGGGCGCCCCGGGAGAGCCGCCCGAGGAGGAGGUGCUGGAGGUGGGGGCGGCCUUUGAGAAGCACACCCGGAGGAGGAAGCGCCCCCCGGUGAGGCUGGUGCCCAAAGUCAAGUACGAGGAGAUGGAAGACGACGACGAGGAGGACGUGUUCGAGGUGUCCGUCCCCGCCGACGAGAGGCAGGAGGCCCCGGGGGAGCCCCCGGAGGAGGCGGGCUGCGAGGGCCUGGUCCAGAGCAGCUCCGUCAAGAUGAUCGAUCUCAGCUCCUUCGGCAGAAAGUCCCGCCGGCACCUGGCCCGCACGCCGCGGCCUCCGGAGCUGGACGGCACCGCCGCCUAUCACGGCCAUUUCGCAGACUCCGCCCCGGACGGCUACGCCGAGCCCAACAUGGUGCUGACCCGGGCGGCGUCCGAAGCCCUGCAGCAGGAGUGCGGGUUCGAGCCCCACCUGACGUCCCUGAGCGACGCCGAGGCCCCCGCGGCCGAGUCCCCCGAGCCCGUGAAGAGCGACCAGGGCUUCGUGUGGCAGGACCCCGGCGAGUUCGAGGCGGACCCCGCGGGCUCCACCGCCGAGCACCACAAGAAGGCCCAGCUGGACCGGCUGGACAUCAACGUCCAGAUCGACGACUCGUACCUGGUGGAGGCCGGGGACCGGCAGAAGCGCUGGCAGUGCCGCAUGUGCGAGAAGUCGUACACCUCCAAGUACAACCUGGUGACGCACAUCCUGGGCCACAACGGCAUCAAGCCGCACUCGUGCCCGCACUGCAGCAAGCUCUUCAAGCAGCCCAGCCACCUGCAGACGCACCUGCUCACGCACCAGGGCACGCGGCCGCACAAGUGCGAGGUGUGCCACAAGGCCUUCACGCAGACCAGCCACCUCAAGCGCCACAUGCUGCUGCACAGCGACAUCAAGCCCUACAGCUGCCACUUCUGCGGCCGGGGCUUCGCCUACCCCAGCGAGCUCAAGGCCCACGAGGUGAAGCACGAGAACGGCCGCUGCCACGUGUGCGUCGAGUGCGGCCUCGACUUCUCCACCCUGACCCAGCUCAAGAGGCACCUGGCCACGCACCAGGGCCCCACGCUCUACCAGUGCCUCGAGUGCAGCAAGUCCUUCCACUACCGCAGCCAGCUGCAGAACCACAUGCUCAAGCACCAGAACGUGCGGCCCUUCGUGUGCACCGAGUGCGGCAUGGAGUUCAGCCAGAUCCACCACCUCAAGCAGCACUCGCUCACCCACAAGGGAGUGAAAGAGUUCAAGUGCGAGGUGUGCGGCCGGGAGUUCACCCUGCAGGCCAACAUGAAGCGGCACAUGCUCAUCCACACCAGCGUGCGGCCCUACCAGUGCCACAUCUGCUUCAAGACCUUUGUUCAGAAGCAGACCCUCAAGACCCACAUGAUCGUGCAUUCCCCCGUGAAGCCCUUCAAAUGCAAGGUCUGUGGGAAAUCCUUCAACCGCAUGUAUAACCUGCUGGGCCACAUGCACCUCCACGCUGGCAGCAAGCCCUUCAAGUGUCCCUACUGCUCCAGCAAGUUCAACCUGAAGGGCAACCUCAGCCGCCACAUGAAGGUCAAGCACGGCGUCAUGGACAUCAGCCUGGACAGCCAAGAUCCCAUGAUGGAGCUGGCCGGCGCAGACCACUCGGAGCUGGACGGCCCGCAGGAGAUGGAAGACUACGAAGAGAACUCCUUCGACUACAGCGGGGUAGAGAACGGCGCCGACGACAGUGCACUGACUGAGCAGGCCAUGAAGGAGAUGGCCUAUUACAAUGUAUUAUAGCUGUGAGUGGGUGCUGGCUCCCCGAGGCAUGUGGGGGAAGGGGGGAGGGAGACGAGGGAAGAGAGGAAAGGAGAUUUGGACUUGAUGCUGUUGGAGAAGCGAGCCGUUCUGCCCCCUCCCGCCCCCGUAGUUCACCGAGCGUUAGGAAAGAAUACCUUAGACCAAAUGGACAUCCGGCCCUGGGCUUCUGCCGCGAGGGACUCCCGGGCCACCUCCACGAAAGCCGAGACGUGGCACGGAAGGGGCCGAGCUCCGGCCCCCUCCCCGAGGAAGUGCGGGGAGGGGGCGGGAGAAGCCCCCGCAGGGGAGAGGCAGCGCCCCGCCAUCUCCGCUCAGGCUAUCUUGAAACCCCCAAACACUGGAGGAGGAGAUCAUCUGAGCCACACGUCGAAUCUCUUCUGAACUAGCCGGGCACGGGCGGUCCACCUCGCCCCACGCUGGGCCGCGGCCCUCCCUGCGCCGGGCCUGUUCUCAUUUCCCCAAGUGCACUACAUGAAUAAAGAGUUGAGCCGGCCUCUGGACCGCAGGCCAGACUCCCCAGUGCGGGGAGAGAGGUGGGAGCGAUGUCAGAGCCCCGCGGCAGUCCUCCUCGUAUUCUACCUCCCGGCUCCUCCCCGGGCCGUCCUGGGGAGCACAGCCCAUCCAGGCACAUUCGACAUGUCGAUUUUACCUGCAGGAAAAUCAAACUGUAGGAAAGCGGAAUGUAUUCCUGGCCUUCCGAAGUAACUCCCUCUCCCGUGGGAUGCAGCAACCCCUCCUAACCAGCACGGCACUGGCCGCUCGCCACAGACGCCGGGAGACGGGGCUUUCACGUGGCUGGCCGUCGGGGGUCGUGGUUUUGUAUUUGUUUGAAAAAAGAGAAAGGCCCUUCGUGGCAGACGGAUGCCCUCUGAUCUCGAGGCCCCCCCAGUCUCCUGGUGACUCAGACAAAGCGGAUUUGCCUUACCAAGCUUGGAAAUCACUGACCUGGAGGAGGAGGAGGCGCGGGAACACUGAGGGGAGGAGGGAGCAGGGGCCGUGGUGGGGAAGCUCCUGGGUUGACAUGGGAAUGGGUGUCCUCAGGGGGGAGGCCAAGGAAGACUUGUUUUGUUUUUUUUGUUUUUUUGUUCGGGGGGUGGGUGGGAAAUUUUAAAGUAUUUUCUUAUUCACAUGUCCUAGUUUUGAGGAUGGGGCAGGCCAAAGUUGCAGGGCCGCCGGGGGAGAGUGACAUAUUUAAAAAGGAAAAUGAAGCCUGUACAAAAUAUUGGAGCAAAUGUGGGUAUUUUGAAAGUAAUUUAUUUUUUUCUCUAUGUGCUGAUCUGUUGCAUUUUUUUCCCAUCCCAAUGGAGAUUUUUUUCCCCAAAACUUAUUCUCAUGUACUGUGUGUGUGACUCGUGACACUCAAACUAUAAGCAGGCUGUAUUGGAUCUCAGGGCUCCAAUGAUGACUGUUGGAGUGUGGUGGACCAAAGACGGAGAUUAGCUAUCGCUACCUAAAGGGAAACCCAGGGGAGGGGGUCUGGGAAGAGAAGUGCAAGAGAGCCAGGAAGGAAACUGGGCCCUGGGGAAAGGAAGAAGAGAUUCACGCCGAACCCCUUCGGGCUCUGGGCCUUCGUGCUAAGGACCUGAGCCUCAGCUCCCGCUUUUCUCACCCCACCGGGCUUCCCUCCUGGACGGACAAGCACGGGGCCGCUGUGGCCCUACCUAGCUGCAGUGUCCGUUCAUUGCACACGUGUCGCACACUUGGUGUCCGAGCCCGGCCCCGUGGGCUGCCCCUGCUCAUUCCUACCAGCUGCUGUCCUGGCCCUGGCUUCUCCCGCCUGGAGAGAAGACCCUCCAUGCUGCCAAUGCCAUGGAGCUAACGAGUCUGAGAAGGGAAGCCACGGGCGUAGAGCGCCAGUUCGUGUUCUCGGCCUCCCCCGGAGCCCCCGGGGUUUCGAGCUCUUCCUGCGCCAUGGAGGAAAGGGGAAGGAGAAAACCCGAACCUCUCACGAGGGGCAGGGAGGGAGGCUUGGGAAAGGGUGGGGGAGCCGCCAACAGAAGGCAGCAGUCCGUGGCGAAGCGUCUGGGGAAGCGAACGGGCCCGAGCCCCGUCCUCCACUGACCGCGAACCUGCCAUCAACACCCUGAGUAGUUGGCGCUAGACUUUGCUUUAGGCAGCCGGGUAGCCGCGGGAAUAACCACUAGCGGGCAUUACCACCUCUGCCAGGAGACGGGCAGCCACGCACAGCCGCGUCUCGUGCCUGUCCCGGGCGGCCCAUUAGCUCUCCUUCCCCCGCCGGUUUUCUGCUGUGACUGUUGGGCCCUGCCGAACUCUGCCCUGAAUAGAGCCGCCUCCUCCCCCUGGCCGGGGUGACCCAGGUCUCAUCACCGGUCCCUAAGCCUGGCAUUGUUCCCAUUCCACGGUUCACUGGGCUCCCUUGUCCACUUUCUCGCUACCCCCGGGGGGAGGAGAGCCCGCGCACCCCCAGCUCCAAAGUGUCCACUCUCUUUCAGGUGGCAGACACAGAACCUGUGGAAGACUUUGUUCUGCGACGCAGAACGCUAUCCUUCCCCACAAACUACCUCUUCCCGUUUUGUCUUUAUCCCCUGGUACCAAAAAGAAUCCCGUUAUCUCCUCCCUCGCCUCAAAGAUACGGUGGCCUUGGCUUUAGAACUGGGAAACUGCUGAGAGAACAGGCUUGGGUCCCCUUCCCCAGGGGGACAGGGUGGAGAGCGGCAGAAGCUGCCCGGCCCCCACACGGCCCUCCCCGCCCCACUGCGGCCCCGUCACUCCGACCAGCACUGGCCCCCUCGUCAUUGUACUUGAAAGCCACAGUGCUAGUGCCUUUCUUUCCUGCCAAUGAGACUGAGAAAGGUGGCGGCACAAUUCACAACCUGGGGUGCACUAUUGGAACCCCACCCCCUUUUCAAAACACACACACGCACACUCGCAAGGAAAAAGGCAUGCAGCCUCUCAGUGACUUUGAAAAACUUCUGUAUGAAUCGCAUUUUAACUUAUUUUGAUGUGUACACAAAACAACAGUUUAGAAAUUCCACUUGUGCAAAGCCCUACUGUGUUUUUUAUGUUUUCUGUUUUAAAGAGUUGUUUACUUAGCAAUAAUUAUAAAUAAAUGAAUAUUCUUUAGA